UACGUAGAACUGUUCAUUUUACUUUAAGGUGCCAAUUUUUUUGCAAGUACAGAUUCACUUUUGAAUAAAAUUUAAAAAUGAGAGAGAAAUACGAAUUGGACAAUUUUUACAAUCGGAAUUUUUCUACGGUGUUGCGGGGCUACUUUCUCGCCUCGUUAAACAAGCGGAUUUACCCGAGAGGGGCGAGAUACACGAAAAGAGUGUUGAAAGAGAGGGAGCAACAUUGCAAAAACCAUCCUUGGACUAUUCAUCCAUUCAGUGUUGCCAGAUGGUACUGGGACAUUCUUUUCAUCCUGAUUCUUAUCUUCUCACUGAUCGAGAACCCUCUCCAAAUCGCCUUCUACCAAGCAAACAACCCUUACUACACGUUAUUCAUGGUCUUCAGCAUCACCGAGUCAACUGCAUACUUUCUGGACAUUGUUGUCAAUUUUUACACCGGAUUUCCCGACCCAACUUCUGAUCUGGUUAUUCUGGAAAAGAGAACUAUUGCCAAAAAUUACGUCAAAUUUUGGUUCUGGAUCGACCUCCUUUCCAGCAUUCCUUACGACACGUUGUACUUCUUUGUAUCCAGUCUACCAAACCAUGAAACAUAUUUUAACGUACUGAGAAUUCUUAGCAUUCUAAAAAUCCUUCGAAUAUUUCGUGUCUCUCUGGGAGUUCGAAGAAUCCAGUGUGCCUUCGAGAUCACCGAGAUCUACACGCGACUCCUUAACUACAUUUUGACCGUGUUAAUCGUGGCGCAUUGGUUGACGUGUCUGCAGUGGCUGGCUGCAGAUUUCUACAAUCCUCCCGGACAUCGCAAGCCCUUGAGCUGGAUCACCAAGUCAAACAUGUGGGACCAACCGGUCUGGUUUUGUUAUAUCAAUUGCGCGUUGCGAGCUCAUUCGAACAUGCUUGGAAACGGUUACGGCAUUGGGGAAUGUCCCGUCGAGCCGGAGGACAUAAUCGUAUUCAUUUUCUGUUCCUUAAUCGGCUUCUCAUUCUAUGGAACGUACAUCAGCAUUUUGGGCAGUGUCGUGGAAGCUCUAGAUUCUCCGGAGAAAACUUGGAUGGAAAUGAUGACAGAGACGAAGGGCUACAUGCGAUUUGCCGCAAUCCGGCCGAAACUUCGGGGCAGAAUGAAACUCUACUAUGAACAAAGAUAUAGGAGAAAGUUCUUCCAUGAGGGGGACAUUCUUCAAAGUGUGAAUGAUGUCUUAAGAAAUGAAGUACUCAUGUUUAAUUGUAGGCAUUUGUUGGAGAAUGCGCCCAUUUUUAGAGAAGUGCCAACCGCAUUUUUGAAAAGGAUUGUUCAAAAACUUCGAUUUGAGGUUUAUUUGCCAGAAGAUAAAAUAAUUACAUAUGGUGAAGAGGGUCGAUCCAUGUAUUUCAUAAAUGAGGGGAAGGUCCUGGCGACGACGGCGAAUGGAGAGUUUAUUUCCUUAAUGGAGGCCGGGGACCAUUUUGGAGAGGCCUCAAUUGUCAAUGACAAUCAGAAGACGAAUGCAAACAUAAGGGCGAAAGACUUCUGUGACAUUUAUCGCCUCGAUAGAGAGGACUUUAAGGAGCUUUUCUGCAAUCAUCCCGAAAUUCUGGAAAGGAUUAAAUCGAUUGCGAGAAUGAGGAAAGGAGAGCGAGGCGGAGGAAAUCUCAAAAUGGAUUAGAUUGAAAAUGAAUAAAUUAUGUAGCUUAAAAUUAUUGAGGCAUUUAGCCUAACCGAACUGAGUCAAUAAAUAUGAUACCCUUCUAAUUGGGACUAGGUGCAAA